GAGUACCGCUUACCCCGCCUCACCCCCUCAGCACCCUGCACCCCUAUCCUCACCUCGGGAGGACCUGGGGGCGGGGGCGAGGUACGAAGAGCUCUGACGGAAUCGUGACCCUGCCGGGCCACCGUCUCUCGCAACCCCCUCACCCCCGCCCGAGGGGCUCUCCUUGCACUUCCCAACCCCCCGGGCAAGGAGUUGGGGGCGGGGCACCCCCCCCUCCAGCUGCUUCGGAAACCCACCCCUGUCGUGGACCGGAAUUUGGCAGAAAAGAUGGGAAAAGGCUGCAGGGUCGUGGUCUGUGGAGCAGUAUCUGUGGGGAAAACGGCGAUUUUGGAGCAGCUUCUUUAUGGGAAUCACAUUAUUGGUAAGGAAGACAGUGAAACGGUGGAAGAUGUGUAUGUGGCAUCAGUUGAAACUGACCGAGGGGUGAGGGAGCAGCUGCGCCUGUAUGACACCCGGGGCCUGCAGGACGGCGAGGAGCUCCCCAAGCACUACUUCUCCUUUGCCGAUGGGUUUGUGCUGGUCUAUGCUGUGAACGACAUGGAAUCUCUUCGGAGGGUGGAGAGCAUUAAGAAAGACAUAGAUAAGUUCAGAGACAAAAAAGAGGUGGUAAUUGUGGUCUUGGGAAAUAAAUCUGACUUAUCUGAGCAAAGGCAAGUGGAUGCUGACAUGGCCCAGCAGUGGGCAAGGACCGAGAAAGUGAGACUGUGGGAGGUGAGCGUGACUGAUCGGAAAACGCUGAUUGAACCAUUCAUCCUCUUAGCCAGUAAGCUCACCCAGCCCCAGAGCAAGUCAGCUUUCCCCCUGCCUGGGAGGAAGAACAAAGGGAAUGCCACCUCAGAGAAUUAGCCAGAAUGGCAGGAAAAUGGCAUCUAGGGAAAAAUCCGCCUCAUUCUCUACUUCUGUUAAGAGUGGGCAGAUCGAAAAUAAUAAGCUAUUGCCUUUUCCCCUUAGGAAACAGGUCCAGCCAGGUCUCUAAAAGCACUUUAUAAAGUUGGGUUAGAGGGGAAGGGAGAGAACAGGGAAGGGAGAUCGCUUACCAUUUCAAUGUGAAAUCAUCAUAUAGGCUGUAAAUACAAUUUAAGUAUUCAUUUCAAAGCAGUGUUUUUUAAAAAUGAUGAUGUACUUGUAUUAAAGACUAUGAAAAUAAAAUGUGGGUGGCAUAAAUGC